AUGCCUCCUGAAGACGAGAACACAGCUCUGUACGUGGAUGAAGACGUGAAUUUCUCGGUCCGUCGCCAACAGGAAAUUCCUACUCCAGCUGAUGAUGAAAUUCUUAUCGAAACGCAAUUUUCUGGAACCAAUCCCGCCGAUCUCAAACAUGCCACGCUCCUAGGCAUCUAUCCUGCAGUUCUUGGAUAUGACUUUUGCGGCACAGUUCUCAAGGCCCCUACCAGUUCGACAUUCCAACCCGGAGACCUAGUUGCUGGAUACACACCCACCGGAAUAAACCGACCGCCCAAAUACGGUACCCAUCAGCGAUACUUGGCAUGUCCCGAGGAUAUGGUCUUUCCAGUCCCUGCAGCACUACCACUACACCAUGCUGCGAGUUUGACGGUGGUGGCCAUGACUGCUGCGGAUGCUCUAUAUAAUAUCUUCAACCUUCCUCUGCCGCAUGAACAUGACAACCAAGCGAAAUCUACGAAGUCCUUGUUGAUUUGGGGCGCCUCAUCGAGCGUUGGUCUUUGUGCUCUCCAGCUCGCUCGUGUGAGUGGUGUUCAUCCGAUUAUCGUCACUGCUUCUCCAGAGAGACAUUCCCUACUACAAGAGCUUGGGGCCACUCGCUGCUUUGACUACAAGUCUUCCAGUGUUAUUUCGGAUAUUAAAGCGACCGUGAGAGAUUCUCAGCAGGGUCCAUUGACAUGCGGAUUCGAUGCAGUUGGAAGCCAUAAGGGAGGUGUCAGCUCCGCACAGUUAGUUGCUGAGUGCUGUUCGGAAGAUGCAACGCUUGUAUCUGUUGUUGUUCAGAGUGACCUCAAAUUCAAGAUGCCUAUUGCCACCCCGAACAGGAAUGUGGUUAUCAAGGUCCAGGAUGUGCCAUUCCCGAUUACGAUCCCUGCAAGACCGGCAGAUUAUCAGCGUGCGUGGCGUGCGCUGACCUGGGCCGUGGAGAAUUAUGGUAUUAAGUUUCGACUGCCUUCUGUCGACGUAUUUGAAGGGACGGCAGAAGAGGCGAUGGAAGAGUUGAAGGCGAUAGCAGAUGGAGGAAGGUUUGGGAAGCUGGCGUUGAAGCAUCCACUACAGUAG